AUGGGGUUAACCGGUGGCACGCCAAAAAUCGAUACGCCCACUUCGUCACCUACUAAGAGCGAGGUCAUAGCUGAUGAACACGAGGUUCUUGUCCCCAAACCCCCAACUUCGUCCACCGAAGAUGGAGAUCAAAAGAUUAUGGAAGGUGCAACGCUUUCCCUGCUUUGUGGCGCAUUAUUUCCUUGUAUUCCAGUGACAGCCGUGUGUGCGGUUCUACUCACUCUCAUCUUCAAAAACCAGAUCAAAGAGCCUUAUAUGGUAGUACAAGAAGUCUCACAAGCUCAUACAACAGAUCUCAUUAACCAAACAUUGACUGAAGUCAGUAAGCUCAAGGCCGGUGGUGACAAUGUGUACUGGCUCUGGGCCAAGAAAUCGACUACACCUGGCACUCUUCACAUGAUAGCCUCCAUCACAGGCAAGGUAAUGCCAUUUAUCACAAGCACAUGCAUGGCCCUUGUCGCAUUUUUUGCGGGACGGCGUAUCAUAUCUAUCACGAAAGUACAAAAACAAAGAGAUAUGCCGACACCCCAUCAGAUGUCAAUUCUCAUCAGUUUGCUUAACGGUAGCGGUGUCAAACCUCUGUGGGAAACCCUGAAAUACCGAUAUCGAAAUCACGAGGCCCUUGUACAACCAGUUCCUCUGGCAUUCUGGUCGUUGGCUUGGAUCGUCGUUCUCACCCUUGCAAUACAGUCGGUUGAUAGCUGGUUCGGUGUGGCUACACAGCCAGCCACUGUCCAGAUCUUGAUGGUGGCCAACACAACCUCAGCUUAUGGUCGCCAGCUCAACUCCAGCGUUUGCAGUUCCCUGUGGCAUCAGAUGCCUUGCAUAGGAGAUAGUUCGGCUUUAUGCGACUAUCCCUGUAGCAUCACAAAUUGGACUUCGCCCACGGGCUCGGAAAGAUUUGGACUGCAACAUGCUCAAGAAGCGGCGGAAGUUUUGAUGAACAAUUCAUACAUCAACUUUGUUCUUAAUGUCUCAGCUGGUUCGUACGACACACAACACUAUUUUCUAGGUGACAAGAAGAGCAGUACUAGUCAUGAUUUUACUACGGAUACAUUUGCCGUAAGCACUUCCUGUGAAGUGAUAACCCAAAACUGUUCGAUUGGCACGGGAUUUACCUGCGGGGGUUUCACUUCAGAAUCCUUCGCGUGGACGGGAGCAGUGGGCGUGGAAAGGGCAUCUGCCACUGGGCCUUCUAAUCAGUCAUCCACUGGAAUACAGUUCUUCAAUGACAGUGGACUGACCGUUCCCGUCGGCGGUGAUGCCUCCAAAGGUCUGUUCAUCACCGCGAACCCGGCGCCAUUUUUGCUGUUUUCCAAAGGUUUCCCACCGAUUGAUACAUCCGCGGAUCAGUUCACCUAUAUGCGAGAUAACCACUAUCUAGGCUACGACUCAUCCGGAGAUCCCGUCUUUGUACUCAAUUGCUCAAUGUCAGUAUACCAAGCCAAAUACAACUACACCAAUGGUGGAGUGUCCAAGGGUGGCCUGUUUGACCUUCGAUUGGCGGAUCCUGCCUAUGGUGGGAUAUUCUCCGCAGGAUUCGCGGUUGAUUCUGCCCUUGGUCACCUGAGUUUACAGGAUGCUGCCGCAUUAGCAGCAUAUCAACAUCGACCAGACCUGCUGGCUAACUCAUUUGCCAAUCAAUUUUCUCAGUCUGCCGUCUCACUGUCAGCGGGCAUCAUGUCUCCAUCUGAGAAUGUAUUCGAGCAGCGCCGCUGGAACAACGUCCUCGUGACAAAGGUACCUAUCCUCCCACUUUACGUGCUCAUUGCACUCAAAGCGAUAUAUGCACUUUUUGCCCUUGGUCUUGCAGGUCUUGCAAUACUACUAGCAGACCCAAUAACAACACAGGAUGUCAAAGAACGUCUGACCAUCGACGGGCUGGCCGUGGGGCUGUUCGAAUCUGACGCCCACCGCUCGAAAGGAGUUACCGAGAUCGAACAACUAUACCGUGAGCACAAUGCAAAGACACAGGGUGAUGAUAAGAACAGCGAUGGAACCGCCAGUGUACCAGCCAAGGUCGGUAUGGUCCGAAAUGCUCAGGGCGGGUGGUCAUGGGCUACCACUGUGAAGUUGGCAGAUAGCUUCGGCCUGUCUCAAGUGUCCGGAUUGGUCCAAAACGACGUCAAGGCAGGACUGUCGACGAUCAUCGAAUCUGGCCCUGGGGCAUUGCAUUUGUAG